AUGUUUGUUUAUGAGUUUAUGGCUGGGAUUGUUGAGCAAAUAACUGGAGGUGAAGACGAAGAAUCUUUCGACCCACAUCAACACCGUAGAGUAGAGAGACCGACGUCUUAUUCAGAUACGAUGACUCAUCUCCUGAAGGGUAGUAUAGGAGCUGGCAUCCUUGCCAUGGCGGACGCUGUCGCCCGAGUCGGAAUAAUUUUCAGUGUUGUUGGCAUUUUAAUGAUUGGAUCUUUUGCUACUUAUUGUAUACAACUUUUAGUAUGUGAUUACCACGGACAAGUGAUGUCUUUGAGAACGCACCUUUUUUUUCUGUUAUUGCCGCUCACGCUCAUGGGACUUGUGAAAAACCUCAAACUGUUGACACCAUUUUCAUCUAUAUCAAACAUAGUUACUAUAUUUGGGUUUAUUCUUGUCUUCUUUUAUUUAAUUGAAGAUGAUGUUACUAUAGAAGAUGAAAAGUUACAACUGAAAGGAUUGGAAGAGAUUCCAUUCUUUAUAGGCACGACACUAUUUGCCCUCGAAGCUGUCGGUGUGGUCCUGGCUUUAGAAUACAACAUGGAGCAACCAAAACGUUUCGUAGGAUUUUUUGGUCUUUUCAACAUUGGCAUGGCUAUCAUUAUGUCACUAUAUCUGUUGAUGGGGAUUUUUGGUUACCUCAAGUAUGGAGACAACAUAAAAGCGUCUAUAACGUUGAAUCUACCCCAAAAUCAAAAGAAAGCGCAAGCCGCAAAAGUGAUAUUUGCAAUGGCUAUAUUUUUGACAUUCCCACUACAGAAUUUUGUUGCCUAUACCAUUAUUUAUCGUAAGAUACACAAAAAAGUAUCAGGAACGAAACUUUUGAUUGUAGAUUACUUACUACGUGUGGCACUCGUUAUUCUUCCUUGGUUGGCUGCAGUAGCUGUGCCGAAACUGGGACCAUUCAUAGCUUUGUUCGGUGCUUUUUGUUUGUCCUUACUUUCCAUGGUGUUUCCCGGCAUUAUGGACGCGUGCGUCUGGUACGCCGAUAGUUACGGCAUGUGCCGCUACCGACUCAUCCGUGAUAUAUUCAUCGUGUUCGUCGGCCUUGCAUUUCUAGUCUCUGGUUGCUACACAAGCCUGCUAGAAAUUGCUGCUUCUUCCGAACACUGA